CUGUGUGUCACCACAGAGAGUCGCGUCACUUCACUGCUUGUGGUGAAGAUGAAUCGUGGUUUGCUUCAUGGCGUCAUGCUGCUGUGGGCCCUGUUCCCCUCCACGCUGGGCCAGUGUGAUAAAUCACCAGAGACCAACAAUCUCAACCUCUCGGUCAACUACCAGCUCCCGACGUUCACUGCUGACUUCCCCAUUCAGAACCUGGUGACGCUGGAUGGGAUCAUCUACAUCGGGGCUGUGAACAGAAUCUACGCUUUGGCCCCAAACCUCACCAAGAUCUCAGAGUACCACACGGGGCCACUGUUUGCCAACGAGACGUGCGGCCAGACACGGAGCGGAACGGCAAGCGGCGGCAAAGUGGACAACCAUAACAUUGCCCUGGUGGUGGAGAACAUCUACGACAAGGGGUUGUACAGCUGCGGCUCAGCAGACAACGGCGUAUGCCGCCGCCACGUCCUCGACGACGACAUUAGUCUGAAAACCGUCGACGAAGACGUUUAUUGCUUCGCCGACAAGGUGAGACAAGGCAGUGGUCAACCCAGUGACUCAGAUGUUGUGGUCAGUCCUUCAGGUUCUCAGGUACUCAAUGUGGAGAGCAACGUCAUCAAGUUCUUUGUCGGGAACUCUGAGAUCCCUGGCUUGGAAAAUGCACCAGGCGGUGGACCACCACCCCACACUUUUUCUCUGCGGAAGAUGAAGACAAGCCAAAAUGGAUUCACUUUCUUCUCGAGCGACUCAUACAUGGACCUGAUUCCAUCGCUGCGCGGAAACUACUACUUGCGCUACAUUUACUCGUUCCACAGUGGACCUUUUACCUAUUUCCUCACCGUGCAGAGGGUGAGCAGAGACUCUCAGGCCUACCACACCCGCAUUGUUCGCAUGUGCUCUUCAGAUCUGGUGAUCCGCCGCUAUGUGGAGAUACCCCUCGAGUGCAUUAGCACUGAUAAGAGGCGCCGGCGUUCCACAGAAGACGUGAAGGUAUUCAACAUCCUGCAGGCGGCCCACGUCGCCAAGGCGGGCAACGACGUUGAACUGCAGAAGCAGUUGAAGGUGGAGGAGGGAGACGACGUGCUCUUCGCCGCCUUCGCGCAAGGAAAGCCGAAUUCUCCAGAGCCGACUCCUAACUCGGCUGUCUGCAUCAUGUCCCUCAAACACAUCAACAACAUGUUCAAGAUGUACAUGCAGAGCUGUAACACAGUGGACCCCUUUCACUUCACUGGAUCGGAUAAGAAGUCCUGCUACAACAUGAGUUCGUCCGACGACUGUGACCCCCAUGAGGGAAUCCACGAAGGGAAAGAGGGCAAGUACCGCCUGCAGGUGACCCAGUUUGUGCAGAGGUUGGAGUACUGGCACAAAGACCUGACCAACACCUUGGUUACCUCUAUAACCGUGGUACCAGUCCAUGGCCGCGCGGUGGCGUACCUGGGCACUGCCGACGGACGCCACAUACAGGUGCUGUUCUCCCGAUUUGCAUCCCCUCACGUCAACAUCCGCCUUGACUCGAGACCUGUGUCUUCCAGCGUGGCCCUGCUGGACGGCAGUGACUCAGAGGGCGCUCUGCUAAUGGCCACAGGAAACAAGCUCACCAAGAUCCCUCUGAUUGGCCCCGGCUGUGAUCAGCUCACCACCUGUACGUCCUGCUUGCUGCUGUCCAGGGUGACUGAAUGUGGAUGGUGUGACGGGCGCUGCACAAGAGCCAACCAGUGUUCCGCCUCCGUCUGGACACAACAGUUCUGUACGCCAGUCAUUACUAAGGUAUUUCCGACCUCUGGGCCAAUACGGGGUUCUACGGCUAUCACGAUCUGUGGGCACAACUUUGGCUUCGACAAGACAGAGAACUUCAAGGCCUCGCUGGUGACAGUGGAGGUGGCGGGAGCUCCCUGCAAACUGCCCAGGCAUGACAGUGUCAACAGAUGGACUGAGAUGCAGUGUUACCCAGUGUUCACUGGGAACUUCACCCCAUCAGGACACACAGUGAAGGUCAUCACCGCCAGUCUCAACAAGGUGGCCAAGAUGGACGGCUUCACCUUCGUGGAGCCAGCAAUCCACGAAAUCUUUCCGACAUUUGGGCCAAAGUUUGGAAACACCAUGCUGACCAUCAGAGGAGCUUUCCUGGAUACCGGUAACAAGCAGGAGGUGACUGUCGGUAAAGCAGCCUGUAAAAUCCAGAGUUUGUCGUCUACGAUGCUGACCUGCAAAACGCCGCCUCAUGCUGUUCCCUCCGAGCAACCGGUGAAGCUGACGGUGGAUUCGGUGGAAGUCCACGCCCCCACGCUGUUCACCUACAACCAGGACCCCAUCAUUAACAGCAUCCAGCCCUCGCGCUCCUUUGUCAGCGGAGGCUGCACGGUGUCAGCUCACGGCUUCUUCCUCCAGUCCGGCCUCCAGCCCCAGAUGGUCCUCACCACCGCCCAGGACGCUGAGGUCUUCCAUGUGAGCUGCGUCUAUGGCGAGAACAGGACGUCCAUCCAGUGCACCACGCCCUCGCUGGCCAAAUUGGCCCUGCAGCCGCCGGUGGUCACCAAGGUGGCGUUUGUCCUGGACGGCUACUCCACAGAUCAGUGGGACCUGAUCUAUGUGGAAGACCCGCUUUUCCAGGACCCCAAGCUCACAUCCAAGGAUAACAAGAGCAUAGUCGAGCUAAAGGGAGAUCGCAUGGACAGGGAAGCGAUGAAGUGUCAGGUGCUGACGGUGUCCAAUCACAGCUGUGAGAGUCUGAUUCUGGUGGGAAACACCCUGGAGUGCACCGUUCCCACUGAACUGCGCGCCACGACGGCAAAGGAGCUGCAGGUGGAGUGGCGCCAGGCAGAUUCCAUCAGGACUCUGGGCACAGUGACUCUGGCACAGGAACAGGACUACACCGGUCUCAUUGUGGGCUGCGUGUGUGUCAGCCUGCUGCUGCUGCUGCUGGGAACACUGCUGAUGUGGAAGAGGAACAAACACAUCGAAGAUUUGUCUGAGGUGUGGUAUGAUGGCCGGGGUCACAUCCAGCAUCUGGACAGGCUGGCGAACGCGAGGAGCGUCAGCCCCACUAAUGAAAUGGUCUCCCACGAGUCAGUCGACUACAGAACCACCCUGCUGGAGGAUCAGGGCACAGACAGGCCCGAGACGUGUCGGGCAGCCGCUCCCAUCUAUGGAGGCAACGGGGAGCUGAUGUCGCCCAGACUGGGGGCGAUGGGGGGAGGGAUGGGUCUUGGGAUGGACGGCGACCUGGUGUCACCUCUGCUGAUGGCCCCGGUCCACAUAGAUCCGUCCUGUCUCCACCCAGAUUUGCUGACGGAGGUGCAGCACGUGGUGAUCGCCAGGGAACAGCUGCUGCUUCACCUCAACCAAAUCAUCGGCAGAGGUCACUUCGGUUGUGUUUUCCACGGAACGCUGCUGGAGUCGGACGGGCAGAAGCAGCACUGUGCCGUCAAGUCUCUGAACCGCAUCACAGAUCUUGAAGAGGUGUCCCAGUUCUUGAAGGAGGGCAUAAUCAUGAAGGACUUCAGCCACCCCAACGUGCUCUCUCUGCUGGGCAUCUGUCUGCCACCUGAGGGUUCGCCACUCGUGGUCCUGCCCUACAUGAAGCACGGCGACCUGCGCAACUUCAUCCGCGACGAGUCCCACAACCCGACCGUGAAGGACCUGAUGGGCUUCGGGCUGCAGGUGGCCAGAGGGAUGGAGUAUCUGGCCAGCAAGAAGUUUGUCCACCGGGACCUCGCCGCCAGAAACUGCAUGCUGGACGAGAGCUACACAGUGAAGGUGGCGGACUUCGGCCUGGCCAGGGACGUUUAUGAUAAAGAGUAUUACAGCGUCCACAACAAGAGCGGAGUCAAGCUGCCGGUCAAAUGGAUGGCGCUGGAGAGUCUGCAGACGCACAAGUUCACCACCAAGUCCGACGUGUGGUCAUUUGGCGUGUUGCUAUGGGAACUGAUGACCCGCGGUGCCCCGCCCUACUCUGAUGUGAACUCCUUCGACAUCACGGUAUUCCUCCUGCAGGGGAGGAGACUCCUGCAGCCCGAGUUCUGCCCCGAUGCCCUCUACACAGUCAUGGUCGAGUGCUGGCAUCCAAAUCCGGAGCGCCGGCCUUCCUUCUCCGAGCUGGUGUCGAGCAUCUCCUCCAUCUUCUCCAGCUUCAGUGGGGAGCACUACGUCCUGCUCAACACCACCUACGUCAACAUCGACAAGAUGAGCCCGUACCCCCCGCUCCUCGCGUCCUCGUCCACCACCGCUGCCGCGUCCCCUUCCUCCUGGUCCUCAUCCGACCCCUGCACCUCCACGUCCCUGCCCUCCCGCUCCCAGUUCCUUUGCCACGUGGAGCGCGACUGCUGCACCUGAAGGAGACGUGGCAGCGGGACAAAGACUCGACGAGACGGACGAGAGCAGGCGAUGAAGAACUACUGUAUGUACUUGCCAAACACUGGACACUGUAUGCUGAGGAAAAACAGGACUGUUUUUUGGAGCCUUGACUGUUCACUCAAUGUAUAUAGACCCUCAACGACAGCAGCCUGGUAGGGCCGACCUCAUCGACCGACCUGUCUGACCUUUUGUUGACCCCAGGGAGCAGGAGGCCAGCCCUCCUUUGUCUUCUGCGAGACAGUUACAGGACAAAAGGAACACCUUCUCAACAAGGUUCUACAGCGGAUAAAAAAAAGCCAUUGUGACAGAAGCACAAUUCAUCAAAAACACCCCCCAAUAAAAACCCCAGUCCCAGUGACUGCUGUGCCCACGCUAUGAGAGGAUGCAUUUCCUGCUCCUGUCACGGUGGUCUGUGCUUCGAACCUUUUCUUUCUCCUGUCUCUCUGAAUGUGAAUGUUCGACAAAUGGCCGUGUACCGUGUCUUAUGAACAACCCGCACCUCCGCACACGCUGUAAAUCAGACUGGCGUGCCACCAGAGACAAUGACGCCCCGGCCCGCCAUGGAUUCCCUGCUGCCUCGGGCCGCGUAAAAACCGAGGCACACAGGAAAUGAAUAAUGACGGCAGGUAAUUGGGAGGUGAGGAAGUGUGGGGGCGUAACAUGGGACGUGUAAAGAAACUGCUGCCUGUGUGCAGGUCACUGGAUGCUCUAUUCGUAUAAUUAUCUUAUUUGGAUAAUUCUGUUUUUAUUUUGUGCUUGAUUAAAAAGAAAGAAAUGCUCACCAAAAGCUGCAGUACGCAGGAUCACUGGAGGAAUAGCUGAUCAUUUAGUUUCAACCACAGGUUGUUCAAAUAUUACAGUACAGUAACAAUAUAAUAAUAGUAUGGUAAUACCAUCUUAUUUCAAUUAUAAUAACUUGAAUUGAGUUGCUGGAAGAUAACAAUGGAAAAUGUGAGAUGGGCAUGAAAUUCACCUUUAUAACAUGGUAAUUACCAGUGAUGUCAGGGGAGACUGUCCUCCAAUAAAACGUACAUAUAGGAAUUACGACCUAUAUUUACGUUUUCAAAACAUGCAACAGCAACCACUUCCGCCUUAGACGCUGUAUCUAGUGGCUUUGCCAUUGUCGGCGGUCCCAAACUAUACCACCUUUUUAAUAUUUUUUUUAAUUUUUACUACCUAACCCUG